AUGGGCAAACCGGAUGCGAGUAAAGACUACUAUGCCACUCUCCAUGUUGAGCCGGGAGCAACCCAAGAUGAAAUCAGACAGCAAUACAAGAAGCUAGCUCUGGCAUACCAUCCUGAUCGAAACCGGGGUCGUGAGACCGAAUUUGUGGCGAAAUUUCAGGCAAUUCAGGAGGCAAACGAAACUUUGUCCGACGAAAGACUUAGACAGCUUUAUGAUAUUGAAAGAUUUCAGACUAGGUUUACAUCUUCCACGACGCAGAAAAGUACUACCUCAUUCACAAGAAGAGGCGCUCAGCCAACUUCAAAUACCGAGAAGCCUUCAUAUACUUCGCGACGGUGGUCUCAGUUUGAUACCACAAAAAACCCUUUCUCGCCGCCCCCGGGGAGGGGACGAUAUGGAGGUCAAGAAUAUACCAGAUGGGGUACACGUACACCAGCAUUUGAAAGAUCUAGGACAACCAAAAAAACAGGCUUUAACCCUGGAGUUUCAGGCGACGACGAGCCAAGGGCACGAAAGACCACGUCUUACACAAAUACCCGUCACUCUGACCGGCCACGUAAUUUUUUUGGUAACGUUCCUUUAUCAAAAACGAAAGCGGGUACGGUGCCGGGUUCUUUCACACCUCCGCCUCCAGAAGUCCCGGAACCUAAACGAGCGAAGCGUGGAUACGCAACAACAGGUGGUGAAAAGACGUUCUUUUCUAGUGCCGAGUUGCCCGGUCAGCUCGGGACACAAGGCGCAAGGGGAGGGAAUGCAAAUACGCCACCUGAUAUACCUUCUCGUAAGAAUGAUAAGGAAGGGGAAUACGCCAAGUUUCCGUCAACGCAGUCUCCUUUCUCUACUAACAAUCAACCACAGCCGAGUCAGACUUUUCCGACUGUGGGUAAUCCCAAUGAAUCACAAAAAUUUCCAGGCGGCAAAAUUCCAUCAACUGCAGGUAUCAAUAACUAUCGCCAGCCAACUGUAUCGACAGAGGAAGAGGAGAAUGAGACAACGAUUGUGCCUCCAUAUCACGAAGGAGGACGCCCUGAUCCAAUGGAUGGUUUGCCGACCACGCCCACUGAUAUACCUGCUGGCAAUAGCCAUACCGAGAAAGGGGGUCCAGACGAAACACCAUUCACGGCACCACGUUCAAACACCAGCCAGCAGCCUGGCCAGAGCCAAAACUUUGGCCUUCCAUCCCCACCUCAACUCCCCACGAGACCAUCAUUUAUUCUCGCGGAAAAUGGUCUCAACGGCAUAGUUCCACCAAUCGAAACUUACGUAGAGAGUAUAUGUGUUUACAUCAGGGAAUGGAGUUGCUUUCAAAGAAAAAUGCUGGACAGAUUAUCUUGUAUCAACUCCGGAGGCGAGCCGGGGGCAGUUCACGACGAAUAUGAGAGAAAUUGUAGCCACUGGAGACACGCUCUUGUGUUGUAUCAACAGUGCAUAUUACAAUUAGGCGAGGUUCGAGAAUGGAUUCGUAGUAACGAUGCGAGUACUAUCUAA